CGUUAGAGACACAUCUUCGCAGACUUCUGUUUUGGACACUUCUCUGGCACAAAGGCAACGCUGAAAAUGUCUCCAAACAUGAAUUGUGAAGCUCUCCAGUCUUUUUCUCCAAGGCUAACUGUAGCCAAAAGAAAAGAGGCUCUUGAGCUCAGAAAGACUAUGAAACCUUUGAUGGAAAAAAGAAGGCGCGCCCGUAUCAACGACAGCCUGAACCAUUUGAAAAACCUCAUCCUUCCCCUCACAGGCAGAGAUAAGACUCGCUACUCCAAGCUCGAGAAAGCCGACAUCCUGGAAAUGACUGUGAGGUUCCUCAGUGACAUUCCCCCUGUUAACACCAAAAAUUCCGCAGACAGUUACAAGGAAGGCUACAAAGCUUGUCUCCAGCGCGUCUCCGCUCUGCUUCCCAAAACGAGCCUAGACCAAGACGCGUGUCAGCGGGUGAAUGACUUCGUCCAGCAGUCCAUGUCCGCGACAGUCACCCCGGCCUGCCUAAACUGCUGCGCUCAGAGCUUCCCUCAGAUCCAGCACAGACUCCUGAGCCUCAAAUCCAGCUUCAGCUCCAGACAGGAGAGCCAGUCCCGCAGCGGCGCAGUGGCUCCCAGACGAGCUCAGCCAGGUCCGCAGGCUGUCAGCGCUGCCAUGUGGAGACCUUGGUAGAGGUCGGGUCUCCCAAAAGCCUGUGAAAAGACUGUAAAGUGUUUCAUAUGUAGGCAACACGUUGAGAUAGCAUUACUUGUAAAUAUGCACAGUGAUUCACCGCCUCGUUUCCGUUGAUGAAAAGCCAGAAUUCAUCGUUAAAUCGUAUUGGUUGAGUAUUAUAUACUUACGUUUUGCGCACGAGUCUGUUGUCCUGUAUAAGUUGACAAGUUUAGACAGUCGUAUUUUUUUAAAUCUGCAUGUAUGUAUACGUUAAAUAUUUAGUCCUCUUUGCGGACUAAGUGAUUAAGGGCCAUUGAAACAGCCCUGUAAGACCCAAAGGGUCAGUGUGUAUGAAUUUGCACCAUAGACUUCAGUGUCUGUGCAGAUGGAAUAUGUAGACCUAUUAUGUGUCACUGUCAGUAUCUCUGUUGGGAUGUGUUUUAUUUUUGCUAUUUACAGCAAAUGUCGUAUAUAUGUUAUAUAAACACUAAUAAAACUACGAUGUCGUGGUUAGAUCUUG